UUGGGAGGCCUGGUCCGGGAGGAGGGACCCGGGGCGAAAGGGAGGCGGGACCCGGGGUGGGGGAGCGGCGCGCGCCGGCGUCCCCCGCGCUCCUCCCGAGCGCGGCCCCUGGAGUCCCCGAGGCGCGCGACCAGCCUAUCUCCGGCCCGCGGUUCACGGAGCAGCCCGGCACCAGAGAGAGCGCCGGCCGGGUACCGGGGCCCGGCCGGACGGCAGGGGGCUUUGCCCCCAACAGCCUUUCUGUGGUCCCUGAGCUGCGAAGGCGAAGGUGAGGCAGAGCGGGGCCGAAACCAUGAACCGGAGUUUUCACAAGUCUCAGACCCUGCGCUUCUACGACUGCAGCGCGGUGGAAGUCAAGAGCAAGUUUGGGGCUGAAUUCCGAAGGUUUUCCUUGGACCGUCACAAGCCUGGGAAGUUUGAAGAUUUCUACCAGCUGGUCGUGCACACCCACCACAUCUCCAACACUGAAGUGACCAUUGGCUACGCAGAUGUACAUGGGGACCUGCUCCCCAUCAACAAUGAUGACAACUUCUGCAAGGCAGUCUCGAGUGCAAAUCCCCUGCUCAGAGUCUUCAUCCAGAAACGAGGUCUAGGCGAGAGCUGAGGCCAAAGGAAUGUCUACAGAAACAAAUGAGGUUUCUCCUCGUGCAGACCAAAGAUGAAGCGGUUCCCAGCCUGAUGGCAUGGGAGAAAGCUGCUGUGGGCUACACUGAGCUGGGGUUUGUGUGAGCUUCA